UGGUAUCAUGGUAGGGAAACUACAGCUUGCGUUUGACAGACCACAGAAUGUGGCUCGUGGGUCCCUUCCCCGUGAGCGGCCCCGUCCUCACAUGGCUGCCUUCUGUGUUCACAGGGAAGAUGGAGACACUGAAAGACAAGACCGUGGAGGAGCUGGAGCAGAUGCAGAAUGACCUGGAGGCCAUUGAUCGGCUGGCCCUGGAGUCCCCUGAGGUCCAGGACCUGCAGCUGGAGCGGGAGAUGGCACUGGCCACCAACCGGAGCCUGGCCGAGCAGAACCUGGAGUUCCAGGGUCCCCUGGAGAUCAGCCGCUCAAACCUCUCAGACAAGUACCAGGAGCUCCGGAGCCUCAUGGAGCGGUGCCAGGAGCAGAAGGCAAAACUGGAAAAAUUUUCCUCAGCGCUGCAGCCAGAAACCUUGUUAGACCUUCUACAAGUCGAAGGCGUGAAAAUUGAAGAAGAGUCUGAGGCCAUGGCUGAGAAGUUCCUGGAGGGCGAGGUGCCCUUGGAGACGUUUCUGGAGAACUUUUCCUCUAUGAGGAUGCUGUCCCAUCUGCGCCGGGUUCGGGUGGAGAAGCUCCAGGAUGUGGUGAGGAAGCCAAGGGCUUCCCAGGAGCCGGCCGGGGAUGCCCCGCCGCCCCGGCCACCACCCCCACCUCGCCCGGCCCCCCAGGUGACACCCCCUGUGGCCGAAGAGCAGCCGCGGCUGUCACAGUCACCACCAGUGCCACCGCCACCUGUCGUACCUCCCUACCCCCUGCCCUACAGCCCUUCUCCAGGCAUGUCUGUGGGCCCCACCGCCCAAGGAGCGCUACAACCAGCCCCCUUCCCGGUGGUCUCCCAGCCCUCCUUUUCCUACAGUGUGCCUUUGGGCCCCACGUUCCCGCCAGCCCAGCCGGGAGCCAGGCCUGCCCAGGGCUACUCCUGGUCCCCACAGAGGAGCAUGCCACCCCGGCCGGGCUAUCCCGUGGCGCCGACUGGCGGCUCUGCAUCUGGGUACCCCUUGGCUGGAGGCCAGGCCCCCAGUCCUGGUUAUCCUCAGCAGCAGCCCCCCUACCUCCCAGCAGGAGGUAGACCUCCGUACCCCGCCCAGCCCCCACUGCUGAGUUUCCCAGGACAGCCCCAGCCCUCACGCUCCUCCCAGCCCCACUACCCGCCGGGGCCUGCCCCUCCCUAUGGAUUUCCACCACCUCAGGGUCCUGCCUGGCCUGGGUAUUAGACACCAUCCUGGCCGUUGGCCUCUCCCUGCUCACACCUCUACCACAACCUUUGGCCCCUCCACCGCUGAAAUUCAAGGUUAAAGUGGAAGCGGAAUUGGCACUCCCUGUGGGC